AUGGACACCGAGAUGACAUUCCCAGCACCUGCAGCCAUCCCCGACACCAUUCUUCGCGACCACUUUACUUCAAAGCCUCGAUGCAAUGGCAAUUACAUUUAUGCGACAUCGAUCCACAUCAAGUCCAAAGCCCAAGCCACAGCCUUUGCGCGCACAAUCCACAUCCAGCCUCCCAAUCGCACCCUUGUCAUCUGGAUCAACAGCAGCGUCAGCGGUGACCUGCGCAACGAACCCUGCGCGAUAUCAAUCGGCUACAACUCACCUACAACUUCCGCCUGGACCGCCCAAGUCACCAUCGCACACUACACCAACGCAAACGAGGCCAUCCUACUAUCCAUCGGCGAAGCCCUCCGCGUCGCCGCAUCUCCCACGAUAACCGAGCACAUCGACCGCGUGCUCGUCUUUUCAGAUGUGCAACGCGUUUUGAAGAGUAUGAGGAUGGGCCAUCCGUUUGGGUUGGUGAGGGAUAGAUGGCUUGUUGACGACAUACCCCGUCUCACCAAGCAACUAGCGGAGAAGAGCGUCGAAGUGGAGUUUCACUGGUACCCUCCAACUCCCACGAUAGGACCUCAGCAAUGCAUACGUCAGACUUCGCAGCGGUUCAAAAAGCUUGCUCUAGCCGAAUAUCCCGCGGUGUUGCUUGAUCGGAGCGUUAGUUUUCCGCCGGUGAGACUAGAAGGGGCACUCGUCACGGGAGGUGCGGGAGAAGACUUCAUGGGUGGUUGGCUAGGCGCUGCGCUGAAGGAUGUAAAGGUUCUGCCGCGAAGGGAGUUGAGUCGUGACCUGAGGGUUCAGGCUAGGCAGGCUAUCAACCAGAGGAGGAAGGAGAGGAAGGAGAAGGCGAGGGCGAGGAGAAUCAAGGAUAAGGCAGAGAGGGAGACCAGGAAGAUUGAGAAGGAGAUGAGGAAGUUGGCGCGUAAGAACGGAAUGGAAGUGGAGGAAGAGGAGGUGCUGGGUUUGGUGUGUGACAGUGAGAUGAAAGUGGAGAAGCAGGAAGUGCUGGGUCUGGCGUGUGACAGUGAGAUGAAAGUGGAGGAGCAGGAAGUUCUGGGUUUGGCAGAUGACAGCGUAGCGACUACAUACGAGCUUGUGGGAAAGAUUGAAGAGCAGGAGAGGCAAUGUAUGCUCGUGGAGGGGUUUGAGAAUAUGGAUUUGGUAUGA